AAGGCGACGAAUUCGACAGCCCAGGAAGUGGAUCCGCGUAUCCUCAAGGGCAUUAAGCUGGCCGCCCGCUUCUCCGACGAGGAGAUCCGCGCCGCCGUCGAUGCCCUAAUGGAUCAAAUGAAGAAGCCCCAUUCCCAGGUGCGCUAUCUUGCAGUUCUUAUUAUUGAUGAAUUGUUCAUGCGUUCAAAGCUUUUCAGAAGCCUUUUUGUGGUCAAUUUGGAUCAGUUCUUGAGCCUAAGUGUUGGUUUCAGGAAAAAUCUUCCACUACCUCCCCCUUCUUCAAUUGCUACAAAUUUGCGCUCAAAGACCAUAGAACUAUUGGAGAAAUGGAAUGCCUUUUUUGGAAUCCAUUACAAACAACUCAGAUUGGGUUUUGAUUACCUAAAGGAUACUCUAAGGUAUCAGUUUCCCAAUCGUCUUGAAAAUGCCGCUCGACUGGAACAGGAGAGGAGAGAAAGGCACCUCAGAACAAUGCAAAUUCUGCUAAAUAAAUUUGAAUAUCUGAAGGAAAACUUCUCCUCCAUCAAAUUUGACAUUCAGUCAACAGUAGAAGAAGUAGAAGAAUGUCUGGAGAUUGCUAAUGUCAAAGAAGGAAACACUCUUGAUUUCCCUGUUAAUGAUGAUGAGUUCGAAGAACUCAACUCCCUUGCAUUACGCCAAAUUCGUCUAGAAUCUUUGAAGGAGGGAGACAAGGUUCAGGAAAACAGCGAAAACAAGGCAAUCUUUGACGUGUUAAGGGAAGCACACAAGCUUCUUAUCUCAAAGCAUAUGCCAUCCGUGCAAGAGUGGAUAUCUAUACUUGUCAGAGUGGAUGCAACUGACAACAAAUUCAGAGAUGCUGCAUUAAAAGAGUUCAUCGAUCUCCGCAAUCUCAUUCAAUCACUCAAGACGAAAUGCACUGAUUUGGGCAUUGCUCUUAAUCCCAGCAUCACUCAGAAAGAAGAUGAAGAUUUGUGGGAAGAAGGAAAGAUAGAAGCUUUCAAGCCUGAGGACUUCCUCACUAAACCAUCCACCAAAGAAAGCAGAGAUACAGCUUCUUCUUCAUCGGAGAGCAAGUCUACUGUUGGUAGUUCAGUUACUGACAGAGAAAAGCUCUUAGCUGAUGCACCUGUGUUGGCAUGGAGUCCUUUUCUGCUUGACAAUCAUAGCACACAACGCGAUGUUUUAGCUAACCAGAGUGGCUUAGAGGUUGAGGGUCACUGGGGUAGAGUCGAUCCAGAUGCUGUGAUCCCUGCAGAAAAGAUUGCAGAGCUUAAUGUUCGUUAUACAGUGUAUAAAGAGCAACCAGUUGAGAUCCCACCAUGCCAUGCACCUCUUAAAAAGGGUGGGCUUUGCCAGAGAAGAGACUUGAGGGUGUGCCCUUUUCAUGGACCUGUUAUACCCAGAGAUAAUGAUGGCAAUCCAAUCAGGCUAGGGCUUCAGACUGGAGCAACUGAUACUCGUCUUCCUUCUGAGGAAGACAGUAAACCAACAAGAAAAGAGCCUUCUGCAGAGCAAGCAGACCUAAAAGACUCUCUUUUUCCAGGCAAAGAAGUGAUGGAAAAACUCGCAAAACAGGCAUUGAAGAACAUGCAUGAGCGAGAUAGAGAAGGAAAGGCGAUGAAGCGAGCAAAACUAGCAAAGGUUCGCAAGCACAAUGAAGAAGUAUUACGAGAUGCCGCCAUGGCUUCCACGUCCUAUUCUGAAACUUUUGCCGAGCCUGCUGUUGAAGCAUUGCGUGAUCAUGGAGCUGGUGCAAAGGUGAAGAAAACAACACUGGCAUCAAUGCUGAAAAAGAAAGUUACUGCGAAAGACAGAAUAGCUGAGAAGCUGUUGAGCUCCCGGGCAACUGAAGCUUCAAGCAGACAGCUUAAAAUGGGCGAGGAUUCGAAGUACAGGGAAGCCUUCCCAAACCAAUGGUAGCAAAAUUCUUAUGUUUUUUCAAUCUGGUUUAGGGUGCGGCAACCCGUGCUUAUUCAGAAAAGUCGUUUACCUGAAUUGCGGACCGCGGGAUCUGACUCGCAUUCUACAUUAAUUGUAAAUAAGCUGUUCAAACGCAGUUUCUAAAUAGUGAAACAACGUUUUCAAAACGCCACUGCAGCCGAUAAACCACCCCAAACGGAGCCUUAGCCUGCAAGAGUUCAUUCGUGGCCUGAUGAAAAUUAUUUUUGACAUGUAUGACUUUACAUUUGUGCUUUAUAACAACAACUUGUUUUAUUUUUUUAAUAAAAAUGCAUAUUCUU